AUGGAUCAAUUUAUGGGAAUGCAAAUGUUAAUGGGUAAUUUAAAGCUGCCAAGCUACCCUAUGUACUGGAUGAAUGAAAUCAGAAUUAAUACAAUUGCUGAUGUUAUGCCAAUUAAUAGACCUAUAUUAGAGCUGGUGCGGGAUAAUUGUCACAAAAUAGAACCAGAACCAGUGCAUUCUAUCGAUGAGCAAAUAAUACCUGCGAAAACAAAACAUAGUGGUAUUCGCCAAUAUAAUCUGAAAAAGCCUCACAAAUGGGGGUUUAAAAUGUUUGUUCGAUCUGGCUCAAGUGGAAUCAUCUAUGAUUUUUUUUUGUAUUGUGGCGCAAAAAGCAGCGGAAGAGAAGAUUGUUCUGCAGAGAAUGUUGUUUUAAGAUUGGCUGAACGAAUACCAAAAAAUUUAAACUUUAAGUUGUGUUUUGACAACUGGUUCUGUACUCUUUCUCUUUGUCUCAAACUAAAAAAAAUAGGCAUACUGACAACAGCAACUAUUCGUACAAAUCGAAUAGCAAAGUGUCCACUGCUUUCUGAGAAAGAUUUAAAAAAACAAGGUUGGGGGUCUUUUUCAUAUAAGGUUGAUGCAAACUCUGGUCUGUUGCUUCUAAGAUGGUUUGAUAACAAAUGUGUUCAUAUGACCUCAACAUAUUGUUCAGCUAAUACAUCUGGUAAUGUUAAACAAUGGGAUCAAAAAAAUAGGAAACAUAUUCAAGUACCUUGCCCGCAAGUUGUAAAAGAAUACAAUACUGGAAUGGGUGGUGUAGACUUGUCUGACAUGCUUAUUACCUUAUAUCGAAUACCCAUGAAAACAAAAAGAUGGUUCUUACAUGUGCUUGUUCAUUGCAUGGAUAUAUGUAAGAUAAAUGCUUGGCUGCUGUAUAGAAGACAUGGUAACCAGUUGAAUAUUUCUCAGCGUAGCCAACUUAACCUCCUUCAAUUUAGCAGUCAAAUUGCUAAUGCUUUAAUAAUGAAAAGUAAACGAGUUGACAGACCUAUUGGCCGACCGAUAAAAAAAUUAUCAACUAAUUCUGAUUUAACCGAAACACGAGGUCGCAAAGUUCAGGUACCAACACCCCAAAAUGAUAUACGAAAUGAUGAGUUUGGACACUGGCCAAAUCCUCAAAUUAACAAAAACAAAUGUCGAUUGUGCAAGAAAACCGUUCUUUCAUACAAAGUAGGAACUUUUGAAGAAAACUAA